AUGGUGUCUGCUCUUCCAAAUCCCACGACAGAAGAAGAUGAAGACGAAGACGACACAACACCAAGUCGAGCUGACGCUGAUGAUGACGGGAGAGUGUACAAGAACCCUCGGAACUCUCCCUCUGCACAGUGUCCGAGAGAUGAGGAGCAGGCCACGCUACUGGGGCAGAAGUGUCUCCGCAAAUGUUCAUCUGACGAAGACUGUAAGAGCAAGAAGAAGAAGUGUUUGUGUGACGGCGCUUGCGGCAUGUCGUGCAUCAAGCCAGGUUAG